AGGGAUUUUAAUUGGAGUCCUUUAUAUUCAGCCGCCGUGGGUUACAAUAAAGCCCUAACGUUUGGUAUUUUUGAGUUGUGUUCUGGGCCUCUUCACUCACUCUCUCUCAACUUUUCUCCACUCGGCUGCCGACUCUUGGCGCUUCAUUCUCGCUCUAAGAGACGCCAGACGACCACCCAUAGUUAGCUAGCAAUGGCUGUUGCAUUCUCUGACCUCAACUCAGCUGCUGGUUUGAAGAAACUCGAUGAGUACCUCCUCACUCGCAGCUACAUCACUGGUUAUCAGGCUUCAAAGGAUGAUAUCACUGUACAUGCUGCUCUUUCAAAGGCUCCCUCUGCCGAAUUUGUGAAUGUUUCUCGGUGGUACAAUCACAUCGAGGCACUUCUGAGGAUCUCUGGUGUUUCUGGAGAUGGUUGCGGUGUGAUUGUGGAGGGAUUUGCUCCCAUCGCAAGAGAGGCAACUGCCACACCUCCAGUGAGCGAUACAAGGGCCCCAGCUGAUGAUGAGGAUGAUGACGAUGUGGAUCUGUUUGGAGAAGAGACCGAGGAGGAGAAGAAGGCUGCUGAAGAGCGUGCAGCUGCAGUUAAAUCAUCUGCAAAGAAGAAAGAAUCUGGUAAAUCAUCUGUUCUAUUGGAUGUGAAGCCAUGGGAUGAUGAAACUGACAUGAAAAAGCUUGAGGAGGCAGUAAGAAGUGUGCAACAGGAAGGGCUGUUUUGGGGAGCAUCAAAGCUUGUUCCCGUUGGGUAUGGAAUCAAGAAAUUGCAGAUUAUGUUGACUAUUGUGGAUGACCUUGUCUCUGUCGACACACUUAUUGAAGAGCGUCUCACUGAAGAACCGAUUAAUGAGUAUGUCCAAAGUUGUGAUAUCGUGGCCUUCAACAAAAUAUGAUUGAAGCUGGUAGGUGCUUGGUUGGAUUUGGCGCGUGGUAGCUUGGAGCUGGUUGUUAUUACUAGUAUUAUGCUUGAUAUUUCAAUUUUGUUAUUUCAUAUUCCUAUUUUCUUUUCGGAAUAUGUUCAAGUGUCAAUCUUGUGGUUUUUAUAUUCGUAGGCUUGGAUUGAGUUGUGGAUUUAUAUUUUCAAUAAAAGCCAAUCAUAUCAUUUUAGGUU